AGAAGCUCGGUGUCCUUCACAACAGCCAACAUGGCGACUGCUACCAAACUCAUCCAGAGGCUGCGCAAUUUUUUAGCAGGGCGAGACCUGCAAACCAAACUUCAGCUGCGAUAUGAGGAGGUUGCCAAGAGGACACAGCCACCACCCAAACUGGCAGUAGGCCCAAGCCACAAGUAUGCUGACAACUACUACUUCACCAGAGACGGCCGCAGAGAGUCAGUACCCGCCACAGUUGUCAUGUCUUCACAAAAGGCUCUCACUGCUGGCAGCCAAGUUGCUGAAGCCCCAAAGCCUCCUGUUACUCCGGGUGCUGUAUAUAAAGAACCACCACUCUCCACAGACCAGCCAUAUCUGUGAGCAGCAGGACAAACUGUUUCAGCAUCAACAGCCUAAUUUCUCCAUCUCAAGCUGCUGUAGAGGCCUGACCACAGCAAGUGUUGGUUGUAUCCUGUACAAUAGAAAUGUGAAUAAAGUGUGUUAUAUGUUUAAGUUU